AACCGCUCAACUUCCUUUUUGCUUGCGGCUGUCAAUUGAAGCGCAACUUGCACGUGAAUUCUCCGUACAAAACUACAAAAACAUGGACAAACCAGUUGUUUGGGCUCGCGUUAUGAAGGUCCUCGGCCGCACCGGCUCCCAGGGACAGUGUACCCAGGUUAAGGUGGAGUUCCUCGGAGAGCAGAACCGCCAGAUCAUCCGCAACGUCAAGGGACCAGUGCGCGAGGGCGACAUUCUCACCCUGUUGGAGUCUGAACGUGAAGCUAGGAGACUUCGCUAGCUGGGGCAACCACCACCUCCAUCGCUUGCAGUUUAUUAAGAAGAUACCUUUGAUGUAGCGUUCGCACGAGGUUGAUGAAAUGUUUUGGACUACUCUCCCCAUCAUGCAGUUCUCCUAGCCGUUAAUACACUAUUGAAAAUACACAUCUACUUCGCCAGAAA